GCUUCGCCUUCACUGUAGUAGCAGCAGCAGCAGCACAUAGCAGGGAGCUCACGCCCUAGGUUCAGGAUAAGACGUAAAGUGGAGGAUUGUUGUCGGAUUCUGAAUUUUGAUCGCAUCAUUAGCAGGAUUCGAGUGAUUGGAGAAAUGGCAUCUUCAUUAGGCAACGCAUUUUCCGGCAAGGGAAAACUGACAUCUGCACAGUUCGUGGCUUUGUUCAAGAAAUACGACAGAGAUGGCAACGGUCACAUCGACAAAACCGAAUUGGACGCCCUACUGAUUGACGUGUUGAAGGACACUGAAAACCCCAGCCCAAGCCCCGAAGAAAUACGGGACCUGAAACAGAAGGUGCUUGAAAAAUACGACACAAACUUCGAUGGUAAACUUGAAAUGAACGAACUGGCCUUGAUGCUGCCUACAGAGGACAACUUCCUGAACGAAUUCCGAAAUGAAGUGGCGAACUCUAUCAUGGGCGGUAAAUCGGAUGCUCGUUUGACAUCCGUUGAGUUCUUGAAGAUUUGGUACCAUUAUGACAAGGACAGAAGUGGUUAUUUGGAGAUUGAUGAACUUGAAGGCUUCUUACGGGACUUGCUGCUGCACAAUACAGAGGACAAGGAGAAGAAGCAAACCUCACCUUUCAAGAGUCUCUUUAAGAAGCUGUCACGACGCUUCUUCCUGGCGAUCAAUCCACAAAUGAUCAACGGGUAUCGAGAUACUAUCAUUGAACUGUAUGAUACCAAUAGGGAUGGAAAAAUCGAACUGGCAGAAUUGUCAAAACUAUUGCCCGUCGAAGAAAACUUCCUUUGCCAGUUCGCCAGCAAGGAAAAGAGCCUUUCGAAGGAGGUCUUCAAUGACAUAUUUUCGCACUAUGACAGGGAUGGAAAUGGUGAGAUUGAGAGCGAAGAGCUCAUAGCCUUAAUGAAGGAUGUACUGGAGCGAGAAGGAUCGACCAUCGACCUUACGCGCGUACAAGAACAAAGUAAAAUUAUACUGGAAGUGUGUGAUACUAACAAGGAUGGAAAGUUAAAUAGAGAAGAACUCGGUCUCCUAUUCUCGAAGCACUAAACAUGGACAUUGCUUGUUCGCUGAAACUACCCAAUGUAGAAAAAUGGUGAUGGUUGGCUGUAUGCGGACUAAAUAUUAUAUAUUUCCUGUGGCGGAAUUAUGGUUUUCAUCUGCAUGGAUUCCUUCUCAGUUUGGGUUUCUUUCAGUGUAGUAACAUAUGGAGCUGAUUCGUAGAUUCGCAAUUACCGUUAUAUUGUUAAAGGUUAACAUAAAUUAUAUGGUGACGUCAUGUAAACAUGAGAAGACUGAUGAGCAAAAAUGUACAUCUCAGAAAAUGUUCGGAAAAUGUCGGGUCUUACCGUACAACUUCGGAAUUCAUUUAGAUUUACUAGUUAAGCGCAUGGAUACACGGCAAGUAUUUGGUUAUUCCGAAGCGGGCUUUAGCGUGUGAAUUAUGGAAGUUAUGCUGGAUUGCGUAUGGCAGCUACGCGAGAGAAAGAAUGGAAUACUUUGACAUGAAAAUAAACUGUGCUUGAUAUCAGUGGCUUUUUUCAAUUUUGCUGUAUAUAUAUAUUUCACGGCAUUAUAUAUUUCUAUCCUGACUUCGCUGGUCUCGUAUAGUGUUAAUGUUUAUUGUAUUGCCACCCGCGUCGUUUUUUGGCAAAAACCUGUUUUCAAGCACAUUUGAUCUGACUUCAUUGACUUUAUCAUUCCAAAGUGCCUUUGUAUGGCGUUAUUUAAUCAAAUAAUAAACUUGCCGUAUCCUUAACCGUUUUAAACCAAACCAGGGAGUUUAUACAUAAUGUGCCUAAAAUACACAUGAAGCAUCCAUUUGUUGACGAUUCUAUUGGAUGAUUGUGUUAUGUUGAAACAAGUGGUGAAAUUAGAUGUGAUGAACUGGGAGUGGAAAAAGGCUUAACUCGUCCAUACCUCAUUGUUGAAUUGAUAUGAAACGAAAAUAUAUUUUGACAAAAUUUACUUUGGAAUGAUUCGGUUUGCUCCCAGUGCUAGUAAGCUAUUACAUCCUGCACUACGCACAAUGUCUAUUUUGUUGAGGUUUCUUAAUGUUGCACUUUUGUCUUUGCAAUGCACGCAAUUGGUGUAUUCAUUAUAAAUGCCCACUCGGGCAAAAUUCUUCUUACAUUCCAUUGUUUGUACCUUAUUUUGAAAAAUGUGGCUAAUUCACUGUGUCUUUUCCAUAAAAGCUGUAAUACUUUCAGUGUCUGUAUAGAUAUUUCUUUGGGAUGGGAUUGAUCUUAAGAACAUAGUAAUAGAUGCAGUGUAUACUAGAUGUAUACUUUGCCUUAAGACAAAAUAAUGUUUAUCUUUCGAGCCUCUAGAUUUUCUCUAUCAACAGCUGGUUAAGUGUGAGUUGGAUCGAAGAGCGAGAGUAGGGAAUGUGCGACGAAUCUAGAGUUUUUAUUAAGUCAAGAGCACCAGAUACCCGCUGCAGGAAGUUAAUUCUGCGAAGACGAAGUUGCGCGGCAAAUGGUGUUCAAAAUAUCGAAGUGCGUUAUUUCAAACGGCGUUCGAAUCCAUGCAGUUUAAACAGCAUGUAUUUGAUUAACCCCGAUCCUAACAAUCCACAAUGCCAAAACGGCGUGGAAUCCGCUACUGUCGCAAAAAGUCACGUUAACAGUCAAAUGUAAAAGAAACUGAGCACCCUACUCUCAAUAUGUAAUCUUUUUGGCUCAGUUCACAUUAUAGCUCAUAGUUAAAUUGGAACGGUAUCAUAGGAAUCCUUAGUAGCAGUUUUAUAAUAUUGCAAUUGGCAUCUGUCAACUGGAAAAUAUAGUUUGGAAGAUGUAUAUGUCAGUAGAUGUAAUAUAGAAUUCUGAUUGUUUUAUUUGGUGUAGGCUAGUUGUUGACAAAUGCGUAUGUUCGUUUUCUUGCUAAGGAUUGGUGUGAUGAUGUACUAAGUUACAAGCGGUGUCAAAGCAAAAUCAAUAUGAAUUCUUUAUGCUUUAUUCAAUACAAUCUAGAGUUUAUGCAUGUAAUGCGUCUAUUGCUAAGUUGACAACAACUUGAACAGGAGUACUACAGCCGCAAACUGCAUGGGAGGCGUUGCCGUACGAGGCGUAGUGAUCAAAAUCUGAAUUUCCCUUCUUUCCCGUGUUUGAUGAGAGGUUCAAACCGCAAGUGGGUGGUUAUAAGACUGAGUUAGCUACAUACAACAAAUCGACAUCGUUUAAACCCCAAGCAGAUAAACAUGGACUUGCCUAUUGAUAAACGAAAUUUGACAAACGCCAGGGAUGGCAGCAUGGUCAUCUAGAUGUUAUCAAUGGAAAUUUGCUAUCACUCGAAUGACGUAACAAAAUGUCUUGGUUUUGCUUGGACACUAGAUGCAACUGUACGUAUACACACAGAACACCAACUUUCAAAAUAUGGUCGAACUGAGCGACUUUUGUAGUUGGACAUAAUCUUUUAUAUUUGAAUCUUUUCCAUUCAUUCCGACUGUAUUCUAUGUUAUGCCAAUACUGGAGUCGAAAUCCUAUAAUAAAUAUAUAAUAUGA